CCCUGGCUUGUACUGUCAGAUCCAUUAGCAGGUGGUUCAGGUCUGAGUAGCAUAAAGUGACAAGGACCGUGGUUCAUUUUAGACGUCCACGCUGCCAAAGAGUAACUUCAGCCCUGCGUGCUACAGCUGUGAGAAAAACUGCUGGUCUGACAGCAACAACCUGCUUAAUUUAACUGUGUCGUUGUUUUUUAGUGUCUAUUCAAUAGUCAAUACAUUUAAUCCCCGUGGUUGUUGCCUGCGUGACGAGUGUGAGUUACAGCUAAGAUGAUGCUACAGAGGAAGAAGCCAGGAUGGAGGCCUGGACUGAUGCUUUGCUGGUUUCUAUUCUGGAUCUCUCAUCAACCAGACUCCCUCCACACAGUGUCAGCCGUCAACCUGCGGCGCUUCAUUGGCUGUGCCGUCCGGGAGUUCACCUUCCUCGCCAAGAAACCCGGCUGCGGGGGCCUGCACAUCACCACUGACGCCUGCUGGGGGCGCUGUGAGACCUGGGAGAAGCCCGUCCUGGACCCUCCCUACCUUGAGUCCCACCAGCGGGUUUGUACCUACAAUGAAACCCGCAUGGUCACUGUGAAAUUGCCCAACUGCCAGCCCAACGUCGACCCAAUGUACACCUACCCCGUGGCCUUGAGAUGCGACUGUGGAGUCUGUGUAACCAGCACCACUGAAUGUAUAACCUCUGUGUGACACACACUCAAAUGUACCAUUUAAAGCAAAUCAAAUGUUUUAUUUUACUCUAUUUUAUUUUGCUCUUAUUAUUAUUGCUCUUAUUCUGACUCCUGAGGACACAAAGAACACAAGACAUCUCCGUCUCCAUCCACCAUAAAGUGGCUAUUCAGCGAACAAACAGAUAAGGUUUUGGCUUAUUUUUUUCUCACACAAGCAGAAAUGUGUGAUUUCUGGUGACACUGUUCUGAAGGGAGGUCAAAGGUCACAGCAUCCCUGGAGCUGGUAGGGAUUCAGCAUCCUGCUACAGGACACCUCAGUGGGGCAGAUGUUCACAGUCAUGGGGGCUCAAACCCACAUGAGCUAGUUAUCUGAACUUCCUUUGAUAUAAUAUAAAAUCUUUUCACCUGUGUGAUUUAAUGUGCGCUCCUUAGAAUGUAGAAAGCUACUUCCAUCAGCACUUCUUUUUAAAUACAUAAGAACUUUCCUUUAUAAAAGGUAGCAGUCAGUUUUAAAGCUUGUGAUUGCUGUAAUUGACAUAAUUAAUGAUAAGUCUUAAAGAAUCUCUCAAAGAAUAAUCAGCCAUUGAUGGGUGGCUAAUGAUGUGAUUGCUCGUUAGCGCUUCAUUAACUGACCUGAGCUCUGAGGCCAAAUGUCCUGCUGGUUAGUCAUCAGUGGCGGGGGCAGAAAAACCAGCCCUUACUAAGUGUCAGCAUUCGUAUGAUUCCCAAGGAGAACAGGGUUUAUGUAAUUCCUGAGUGCUCACGUAUCACUGAGGAGCUGCAGGGAUGCGUUUGAGCCCCAGAGCUCAGAGGGGAAACAGAGCACACUCCUCCCAGGACCCCCCACCCCCCCACCCCCCCACCCCCCCCCCCCCACCCCUCUCUCAGCCUGUCUCUGUUUGGGUUUGGGUUUGUUCUCUUUGUUCUAUUUGUUCACACUGUAAGACAUUAGCUAUACUUCAGCUCUGAACUGCUGCAAAGGUCUGAAUUUAUUUAUGGAUGGCUAUUGAUAUGCACUCUUCCAUUGGCGCACAUUAUUGUCAGUCAGAAUUGAUUUGUUUUUAUUUUGAAUAUUUAAUAAUACAAAAAAAUGGGUAAAAUCAAUAAUGAAAAUAUAAAACCUUGUUGCAUA